GGCGUUGGAUACGUACAUGAGGGGUGGGACUGCGUAGAUCGUCCGCGCUGUGGGUUAAGAGCGUAUACCGGCAAGUAUCAUCAUUCCAUGAGCUGUGCCUCGUUUCCUCUCGCUGUGAAUCCACCUAUAUCAAUGGACUAGGGCAUGUUCCUACCUUCUGAAAUUUGGCGAAGCACAUCUGCUCAGCUCUUUCCCGCGUUUGAAAACAAGGUUGUCUUGUCUAAGUGGAUUCACACCACCUUCCCAUUAUGCUCGCUGCGGUCCCGUACCAUCUUUCUUGCUUCCAUGCUAACGUCACAACACUGCAGCACGAGACGCCUCGUAAGGUAUCUGACAUGGCCUUCCUUACAUAGCUGUCUAUGCCAUGGGUCACUUUGGUGUCUUAAGGACAUUUCGAGACUGGACGUAAGAACAGCCGAAGACCGCCGGAAAAGCGAACGAUUAUUACCAGAUAUGUCGCUGCUACAGCGUUUCAGCGGUCCUUCCUUGACUUAUUUGCAUCUUGAUAUGUUCUUGCCGCAGCAUUGGGUGCGACUACCCUCCAGGCUAACUCCCUGCCCAACUCGAUCGCGCAGAACCGUCCCAGCUUCGUUGUUCCGUGGCGAAGAGCGCAACGACCUCACAACAUCGACAAGCUGCCUUCCUUGAUCCAUGCAGAAUGCCUUCUUCAACCACAGCUCGGUGACGAAGCCCGGAAACUGACGUUAGCGUCUUCUGGGUCUCAUAUAAGCUCGCUUCCUCUCCGAUCUCUCUGCUUCUUCUUCAGCCCACUACACCACUCAGCCAAGCAACAGUACAAUCGGUUGGUCGG